GUUUCACUGUGCUCAUCCUGUCGAGGGAAUACCUCGGCCGACACGGGCGGCAAAGAUACGUACAGCUGAAUCAGCACCUGACCUGUUUGUCCUCGGAUCUCUUUGCUCCAACGAGUUGACAUAUCUUGAACACCUUUCGUCCUUCCUCUUUACCACCUGUUGUUCCCAUCUAUCUACAGUCUAUUCCACCUACCUUACACUACGAAUCUGCAUCCUCCCUCGUCUUCACGAUCACAUCAUGGGUGCUAUUGAGAGAUUGUCACAACUGUCCGGCCAGCUUGCCGGGGGCGCUAGCAGCAACAAGGAGAAGAUUUUGCAAAAGCGGCCAGACGAUGUUGUCGUGACCGCCGCCCUCCGAACCCCCUUGACAAGAGGAGGCAAGGGUGGCUUCAAGGAUACCCAGGCAGGCGAUCUGAUGGCCGGUGCUCUCAAGGUCCUUCUCGAGCGCUCCAAGAUCGACCCGGCUCUUGUCGAGGAUAUUGCUGUCGGUACCGUCCUAGCACCUGGUGGCGGUGCUACCGAGAUGCGCGCUGCCGCUCUCCUCGCCGGCUUCCCUGAGACUACCGCCGUUCGCACCCUCAACCGUCAGUGCUCCUCAGGCCUGCAGGCGUGCAUCGACGUGAUCAACCAGAUCAAGACGGGCAUGAUUGAGGUCGGCAUUGGCGCUGGUGUCGAGAGCAUGAGCACUCAGUAUGGACCGUCUGCCGUCAGCGAGUUCUCCGAGAAGCUUGAAAGCCACCAAGAAGCCGCCAACUGCAAGGUCCCCAUGGGCGUCCUCUCCGAGAACAUGGCCCGCGAUCUCAACAUCUCCCGCACGAAGCAGGACGCCUUCGCCGCCGCCUCGUAUGCCAAGGCCGCCAAGGCCCAGGUCGAAGGGCUCUUCGACGAGGAGAUCGCCCCUUUGACCGUCAAGUUCGAGGACCCCAAGACGGGCGAGACCCGCGACCUGACUGUGUCCAAGGACGACGGUAUCCGCCCGGGUGUGACCGCCGAGUCCCUCGGCAAGAUCAGGCCCGCCUUCGCCAAGGACGGCAGCAUCCACGCCGGCAAUGCCUCGCAGGUCUCCGACGGCGCCGCCGCCGUCCUCUUCAUGCGCCGCGACACCGCUGAGCGCCUCGGUCAGACCAUCCUGGGCAAGUUUGUCUCCGCCGCCAUCGUCGGCGUCAAGCCGCUGCUCAUGGGCCAAGGCCCCUGGAAGGCCAUUCCCCGCGCCAACGCCCUCGCUGGCAUCCGCACUGAGGACGUCGACAUCUACGAGAUCAACGAGGCUUUCGCCUCCCAGUGCCUCUGGUGCGCUGAGCAGCUCGGCAUCCCCACCGAGAAGAUCAACCCCAAGGGCGGCGCGAUCGCCUUCGGUCACCCGCUCGGCUGCACCGGUGCCCGUCAGAUCUCUACUCUCCUGUACGAGCUCAGGAGAACGGGCCAGAAGAUCGGCAACACGUCCAUGUGUGUCGGCACCGGCAUGGGCAUGAGUGCUGUUUGGGUUGCUGAGUAAAUCUACGCGUUGGGCAAGGAGAGCGAGUAAAGAAGACAUGUGACGCCGCUUCGGGACGGGAAAUUUGAGGGGACUAGGGUGCAUGGGAAAACGAUGACUCGCUACCUUAAGCUGUGUAAGCGAUUUGUAAAUAUAGUAACGACCUGCUUCGAAUGAAAUACCUGAUGUUCCGUUC